ACACUCUCAAUGGAGUUCAUCAAGCUCUGUAGAUAAGCAAGACUUUCAUGGAAUUGUUUAUUUAUUGGCUCAGAAGCGAACUUUCAUUUCACUUUUGAUUGAGACAUCGAUUAGAGCACAUCAGUUCUUAGUUGAAGACUUACAAUGAGGCACCAAAUAAUUACUUUUUCCUGUUCUACGCUGCUAAUAAUGCUGCAAGUAUUCAUGUUGUCAAAUGCUGUCGAUACUGUGCGCUAUAAUUUCCAAAAUGAGGAGGUAGUUGAACCUUGUCAUGCACCAAAUGGUUCUCCGGGAGUUUGUCUAUAUUAUAAGGAAUGUGCUAAUCUAACAAAUUGGAGAAUACAAAAUAAUGUACAUGAUGCAGAUGACGUUAAAAGAAUGCUUUGCGGAAAUGAUGGUCUACACCUUUGCUGCAAUCGUACCAAUUACUACUUUCCUGACACCAAUUAUAUAACACAAUUACAUCCUAAAGGCUUGGAAAUACUCAACGAAGUAGAGUGUAAUCGACUAUCAGGGGAUCGUGUAUCCAAUGGAAAGGCAGUAAUGCUUGGCCAAUAUCCAUUUAUGGCAUUAUUGAAAUAUAACAGGGUUGGUCAUCAAUUCUUAUGCGGUGGUACAUUGAUAACAUCUAGAUUCGUGCUGACGGCCGCGCAUUGUAUAAGACCAGACUUAUUUAGUGUACGCCUGGGGGAACAUGAUACUUCAACUGAAGUGGACUGUACUAAUUCGAAAAGCCACUGUCUGCCGAAAACGGAAGAAUACGAAAUCGAACAAAUCUUCAAGCAUCCCAAUUAUUUAAAACCAAUAGAUACACAUGAUGUGGCUUUACUAAAAUUGAAAACUGAGGUGAUAACUCAAGUGCAUAUUAAACCUAUUUGUCUACCCAUUUCGCAGCUCGUCUACGAUCACAGCAAUAAAAUACGACAAUAUACCAUUGCCGGCUGGGGAUAUACCGAACGUCAAGAUAAAAGUAGUAAUGUUUUGCAACAUGCCAAAAUUCCUCAUCAAGCACGUGAUGUUUGUCAGAGGGCUUUCUCCCGAUUCGGCGUAAACAUAACCCAUGACCAUAUAUGCGCUGGCGGUGAGAAUAGAAUCGAUACCUGUGCAGGGGAUUCGGGUGGCCCGCUGUUUGCCCUUGUACCCUUUAAGUUAAUCAACAGCUACAUAAUCAGACGUGAAGUACAAUUCGGUAUUGUUUCAUUAGGAAUGGAGAAUUGCGGACAUAGAAAUGUGAGUGCGGCGGCGUAUGCAAAUUUAAUGAAAUACAUGCCUUGGGUCACUGAAAUCAUAGGGAACUAUACCCCGUAAUUUAAAUGAAAAUACCAUCACAAUUCAUAACAAAAACCUAUAAGAAUAGAAAACAAUAAUGACUAUUUAGAUAUAUAUUGGAAAUUUAUUAAAAAUACAAGUUAUAUAUCAUACAAAUUA